CGAGGCUCGGAAACGAGAGAGAGAGAGAGAGAGAGAGAAAAUCAGCUGAGCGCCAAAACACGCACACCUGACGUUCUCGAGCAAGGAACGUUUCUCUAUAACAUCCUUGUUUUUCAGUGACCGUAACCGUGCUGUAUUGUGGCCCCUUCGCUCUCAGGAACCUUCCUUGCCACGAUGGCAGAUGGAUUGCUGUCACUGUCAUGGAAAAACCACAUGUCCACCUUUUCCCACAUGCUGUCAGUUGUUCGGGAUGUGGCGAGGUAUACAGACGUGACAAUAGCUUGUGAUGGAAAAUUUUAUCCAGCUCAUAAACUGGUGUUAUCAACUUGCAGUGACUAUUUUCUAAAGAUGUUUGAAAUUACUUCAUGUAAACACCCAGUGAUUGUUAUCAGGGAUGUGAAGUGUAAGAACAUGGAAGCAUUGCUGAGUUACAUGUACGCUGGUGUUGUGAAUGUAAGUCAGAGUGACCUGCCACAGCUCAUCAAAGCUGCUGAGAUGCUGGAAAUCAAAGGUUUGGCUGUGGCUGAUGAUCCUCCCAGUGACAGCAAAAGACCAGCUCAGACCAGAGACACCCCUGUGGACCACAGCAGCCCAAAUCCAAAACGACCAAGACAAGAUGAAAAGAGGCUGUCAAAUCGGGCGGAAACACUCAAUGUUAAUUCUCCUGCUCCACCUCAAUCAUCUCCAUUAAGGAAAGAUGACAAUCUGGAUGAGCAAACGAAUGCCCAUAAUGUUUAUGAAAAAGUGAAUCAGAAGCAAACCCAGAGUGAACUUAGGCAAGACAGAAAAGACUCAAGUUGCAACAGAUCUGAGCAGCUGGACAGUAAACAUGGUUUGGACCACUUGACCCUUCCAAGAGGAAAUGAAAAUGAGGUGGCAAGUGGGAGUGUUAUCAAAGAGGAGAAAAUUGAGUUGGAAAAUGAAAAGGAGACAGCAGAUAUAGGGUAUGAAUAUGAUUGUUUGAUGACCGACCUUAUUGGGGAUGGAGGAGGAGACACCAAAGAACACGGUGCAUCAAUGGAACCUUUCAACCACUCCUUGAAUGAAGAGUCAUUCAGUGCUGAGGCAGGACCUUCUGGAUUGCAAGUGUGGCCUGCCCUUGGUGAAGGUGUAGAAUCAGCUAGUCAGGGCUACACUGGAGGCCUACCCAUAGGAAAUCCACCCAGGGCAACAGCCACUUCAAAUGGAACAUAUGGUGAGGAAAGUUACUGAUGAUGAGCAAACUGUGAAAGGACAAGUCUUGGGAGAAAUGAACAACUUUGCAACUCCAUACAAGAGAUAUCACUGUUCUUUCUGUGAAUAUACAACAAAUAAUGCUACCUGUCACAAGCGGCACUUGCGCACUCACACUGGUGAGAAGCCAUUCCACUGCCCGUACUGCCCAGUGAAGUGUACUCGCAAAGCCACACUGCUCACCCACAUACAGUGUCACACAGGGGAGACACCUCUUAUGUGUUCACAUUGCUCUUAUGUUUCAAGGCAAAAAAGUAAUCUUAAUAGGCACAUUAAAAGAUACCAUAGAAAUUUAUGAAAUGGGCCAGUUUAUUAUGAUAAGUAACACUUGUGUUCAGAUUGAAGAUCCUGUGAAACACUAUAACCACUUCAGUGUAUCAGCAUAGUAAUUUUAUGACUUUGAUGUAUGGGUAUAUACUGAAAGUAUUUUCAUAGCUUUUCCUCACAGAAUUUCAUUGCAAAAGAUAUGUAAUAGUAAUAUUUCUUCCUUAAAACAAUAAUGUUCCCUCACUAUUUUUAGUUUGACUCCUUGUGUCUUAAUUCUCAGAACCUGUUAUUGAUAGAUAUAGUUAAUGAUCAUUUAAUUGACAUGUUGCUGAAGUAGUUACCUAAUGGUGACAUAAAGGUUCGGCUAUUUUUUUUUUUUUUUUUUUUUUUAAGUUUGCAGACAUACAAAUUACUGGAAUAAAAUUACUCUCUCUUUUAUAUCCUAUUUGGGAAAGUACGUCAUUCUGUUGAACAUUUCAUAAGAAGCAGCAUAUUUUUUUAUUCAUGAUUAGUGUAUGAUUUGACUUUUGUGUAUUAUAGAGUCUAGCCGAGGACAUAAAAAAGGUAAAUAAAUAAAUGCGUACUGGGCCACUCCCUAAAAGAAACAACUGGAGAAUAAUCUAUAAUCUGUACAGGGCAACUUGAUCAGUUAUUUCAACUCCUAGCCACUAAUAUCUUUCAAACAGUAGUCCUGUGUAUCUAACCUGAAUAGAUUAUCAGAUUUGUCAGUCAGUGACAGUCUCAGAACACAGCAGGAAAAGCUUAUACAUGUGUAUCAAAAGAGUGAUCCAACAGUGACUAGUAAGAAGAAACAGAAUUCAUAGUAAAACAGGUGGUGUUUAUGCCUAGCUGAUUUUGUGAUAGCCCACAUGUCUGUAUAUUUAAUUAUGAUAAUGGUAUUUGUGGAAAUCCUGCAGAAAUACCACAGCAAAAGUCUUAACUAUUUCUAUUCAUCCAGAUCAACCAACCAUGCUCCUGUUCUCACCUUCAUUCAUAUAUAUUCUAUAUCUUAAAGUUGUCUUACCAUUUUACAUAAUAUCAAAAGUUAUGAGACUAGGCCUACAGUAUUGGCAAAAACAUCUGAAUGAUCAAAAGUUAUGAGACUAGGCCUACAGUAUUGGCAAAAACAUCUGAAUGCCAGAAUAUUUUGCUAUUUGCUAAAGGAUUCUAAUUCUAUGUGCAUCUUCCCCAUACUAUUAUGUGAGCAUUUAGUUUACCAGCAUGUGGCAUCUGCUCGUCCUUGGUGAUUGCAUGAGGAGAGCAUAGAAUAACUGCCAGUGCUGCUUUGACUGACAAAGGAGAAGGUCAUUAAUUACUCACCAUUUCAUUAUGCUUAUAUUUGUAAUAAAGCUUGUUAUUGAUUAUUUGACCACAUGUGAGUAAAGAUGGUGGUACAAACUUUUCUAGAGAGGAAAGAGCAUAGACUAUUGCAUGGAGACAAGAAAAUCUAUUUAUUACUGAAAUUGCUAGAUUAAUGAAGUGGAUAAAAUCCCCCAUCCAUGCCACCCUGGUCACUGCUGAGGGACUGCCUCCUGAUGCUAUUCACAUUGUAAAUCUGGUUCUGGAUGGCCUAGGAAGAUGACAGAACUACUGACAAACUAGUGAAAAGAGAAGUUUUAGUGUGGCAGUAGGUGAUGGCGGUCUGUUUACUUAAAACAAGGAAACCAAUGAAUACUAUGGGGUAUAAACAAGUUUUGGGAGAUGUUUUGUUGCCUUGUUACCAGUUGCAUGAUGCAACCAGUUGGAUGCAGUUGUACUUCAUGCAGGAGAGUGCACUGUGCCACUGUGCAAAAUCUGUGACAGGGUGGUUCUCUGAAAACAUAAUCCAGCUGCUGGAUUGGCCAGGAAACUUCCCUGACUUGAAUCCAAUAGAAGUGAAGCUUAAUGACUGUGACACUUCAUCUAUAUAGAAAUUAAAAACUGCAGUUUUGCCAUUGCAGGAAAGUGACUUAACACCAGAAUACUUCUAAAGAUUUACUCAUUCCAUGUCAAACAGGAACACAGCAAGUAUUGAAACACAGCAAGUAUUAACAUCAGUCAGAGAAGGAAUUAAUAUCAGUCCUGCUGGUUGUGUUCUAGAAAAAUAAAAGGUAAAUAGCAACAUUCAUAUUUUUUUUUGCCAACAUUUUAUUUACAAGAAAAUACUUGACUUAAUUUUAGGCACAAUCCCCAUCAAAAUAUUCCUCUUGAAUCGUGAUAUAGUCCUUAUCAUGUUUCUAUAGUAUAUAUGUGUCAGAAAUGUUAUUUUGGGUUAUAUAUAGUUAAAUAACAUCAGACUUUACCGUUGACCCAAGUGUAUUGGAUGACAGUAAUUAUUGCAUUCACCAGGUAGUGGGUUAGUGUACCAUCAGGCCAUCAUACACAUUACAUGGGAUGUGCAUUGGAUCCUCCUUGAAUGCUUUGUGUUCCAAAUUUUGGUAUUCUUGAAUAUUUCUUUUUAGUGGAUCUGAUUCUUGUCUCCACUCCAGCAGUGUUCUUCAUAAUUAUGAUGAUUAUAUAUCUGUUUGUUUGUGUGAGGAAGUGUGUAAUAUGGAAUGCAUUUCCUAUAUAACAGUAUAAGCUUAUAAGCUUUGUAGUACAGUACAUAUUACUAUAUUUAUUUACUGUAUAUUCAAAAAGUAGAAUUUUUAUUGUUGUGCUACCUCUGAGGAGAUACGGAAAGGAAUCAAACAAAAGCAUAUGCACACAGAAAUUUUAUAUUUAAUAUAAAGAUUAUAGUGUAAAAAGCGGAAAAUUGUAGGCAUGCAGUAAGAUGAAAUAAUAAUUGUAUAGCAAUGGUUUAGAUUUGAUUUAUUAUUGAAUGGUAUUAUAUCAUAACAUCUUUCAAAGUAAAAAGGCAGGUUCUGCUUUAGAGGAAAAAUAUUAAAAUAACCAACAGUAUAGUGUAAAGUUCUGAUAGCAUUCUAUUUUUUUACUGAAAUGAAAAAUAUAUUUAAAAAAUCCUUUUAGUAUGUGUAAAGACUUAUUAUAGAUUUGAAACACCAAAAACAAAAACAUAAAAAAAUGUACUUAUAUUCACAAUUCACACAUCUUGUACAUCUUUAUGUAAUGAGCAAAAAAUAAAUGCUAAAUUUGCAUGACUUUUCCAUGUUUGUUUCAAUUUUCUUUUAAAGUACAGGAGUAAUUGCAAUGUUUCUUUGUGUAAUACAAUACUGUGUAUGUUUCUGAGGCCUUCUGCAUGGGAGGCUAAGAUGGGCAUUGCCUACAGGUGGGGUCUGAAAGUGAGUGCCGGUGGGUGGCACGAGGCAUGGCUCAAGGACCGGCAUUCAGCUUCAGUUCCAGGAGCAGCAAGAAGCACCACCUCAGGAAGGUUCACCAGUGUCCAUUUUGUAGCUAUGCCACAGGUUUUCAUCACAAUCUGACCAAGCAUGUGAGGACUCACACGGGAGAGAAGCCCUAUGUGUGCACUCGGUGUCCGUUCCGGGCCAAUCAAAACAGCAGUCUCAAGAGGCACAUGCAUAAAAUACACAAUGAAGGUAAGUCUUUGUAUUCAGUUUAUGACAGUGGUGUACUCUCCUACUAUCCUGUGCUAGUAUUCUUUAUAAUUUAUGUAGGCCUUUAGCAGAACAAUAAGAUGUGGGAAGGUACUUACAUGCCACAUCCUGAAAUAGGGAAAAAUAUGUUCAAAGCUCAUCAUAACUAUAUUAUCUGGGUCUUUCUGUACAGUAGGUUAACACAAGACAAACACACAAGUAAAUUUCUCUCUCUCUCUCUCUCUCUCUCUCUCUCUCUCUCUCUCUCUCUCUCUCUCUCUCUCUCUCUCUCUCUCUCUGUGUGUGUGUGUGUGCGUCGUGUUUUUUGUCUGUCAUUUACAUAGUCAUUUAGUAAUAUUUUAUUCUGUGAUUUUUGUCAUCCCAAAAUUACUUUGCUAAUUCUAAAGUAUUUAAAUCUAUUAAAAUUGGAAUAAUAGUAAGGUGAGAUUUUUUUUCCCAGCAGCUUGUGGUCAAGACAGAAUACAAGUGAGAGUGCAAGUAGUGCCUCAAGUGUAGCGGCAGCAGGGCGUUGCUCAGCUCAUCUUGCCACUCUGUUGUUGCAGCUGAACUGUGCAGAAUUUUUGUAAAUCUAAGUGACUUUGUUAACUUGUUGUAAAGUAUGUAUUUAUAUUUAUAGAAAUACUGCAGAGGUUAUCUUCAUGCAUGCUAAACCUUGCAUUCCAAGUGCAAAAGACAAAUUGAUGUUCAAAUAUAGAGCAGUGAGUACAUGGAAAAAUAAA